AUGCAGCUCGAUCCUCCACUAGCAGUUUGCUCCAAAAUUCCUUUAUACAAGGGAAAAGUGCUAUGCACUUCUAUUAUAACUUUGGUUUGGGUACUCAUACCUAUAGUUAUCUUCUUAAUAGUGAAUGCAGCAGCUAUCAUUUUGUGGCUCAUAUACUUAUGCCCUUAUAUAACUACAGGAAUAUCUGGGAUAUGUAUAUCAAGAAGCACUAUCCCUAGUCGUAUAAGUACUGUAACUGCUUUAUUUAUUUGUCUGCUAGUUUAUAGCAUAAUCAAUGUCGCAUUUUGGGGAAUCCUUUUCAUGGUGCUCAUAAUAGCAAUUAAUGGAUACUCCUGUAAUUCAUCAGACGAUGAUAAUUGCUCUACGUGAGAAGGACUAGGAUGGUUUUUUACAUGGUUUACUCUCUUUUUUGCAGUUUACUUCUUAGUUGCUUGCUUCCUUUCUAUUAGAGGUAUUAGAGUUUCAAGAAUAUUGAAGGCUCAGCUUGCAAAUCAAACUAAUUCAAAUCAAAUUUAUAUGCUCUCGCCAGGAGGUUACACUAUGCAGGGUCAGAAUUUGCAAGCAGGCUAUCAACAAUUUUCUGGAUCAAAUACGGGAUAUAUAAGCCCUUCAUAUAGAAGCCCUGCAUAUAAUAAUGCAGUCUCUUACAACCCAUAA